CGAUGCAAAAAAGGUCAAUCAUAAAUCAUCUCCAGGGUGGUAAAAAGUCUGAUAAUCAUCAUCACAUUCUAAUCGCAAUAUUAACAAUAUAUCAAUUGCUUCGCUCUUAACUUACGAUUCAUAUUUUCAACGAAAUCAAUCACCAUGUUUACUGGAAUACCAAAACGUUUUUUCAUUCAGGCGGCUACUUUUCAUCAUUCAAUACGAGCACUUUCUACAUCACCCAAGAUCAAUUCUAAGGUCACUGUUCUAGGUGCUAGUGGCGGUAUCGGCCAACCUUUAUCGUUGCUUUUGAAACAAAAUUCGUUGGUCUCCGAAUUGGCUUUGUACGAUAUUGCUCAUACACCAGGUGUUGCGGCUGAUUUGAGCCAUAUCAACACGAAAGCUCGUGUUGCCGGUUUUGUUGGUCCUGAUCAAUUGGCAGAUGCAUUGAAAGGAGCCGCCGUCGUAGUUAUACCAGCCGGUGUUCCACGAAAACCUGGAAUGACUCGUGAUGACCUAUUCAAUACGAAUGCCUCUAUUGUACGAGAUUUAUGCGAUGCUGCCGCACGUAAUUGUCCCACCGCUUUUAUUGCCAUUAUUUCAAACCCGGUCAAUUCUACGGUACCGAUCGCAUCGGAAGUGUUUAAAAAGAAUGGUGUUUAUGACCCAAACCGUAUAUUUGGCGUGACCACAUUGGACGUUGUACGUGCUAACACGUUUGUAGCCGAAGCAAAAGGCCUUGACCCAGCUACAGUGAAUGUUCCUGUCAUAGGUGGUCAUGCUGGUAUCACCAUCAUUCCAUUAUUGUCUCGUGCGGAACCAUCGGUAUCAUUUGGUGAUGAUAAAGUUGAUGCAUUGACUAAACGGAUUCAAGACGCCGGAACCGAAGUGGUCAAGGCUAAAGCAGGAACGGGUUCGGCUACGUUAUCCAUGGCUAUGGCUGGAGCAAGAUUUGCAAUAUCGUUGUUGCGAGCAUUAAAUGGAGAACAAGUUAUCGAAUGUUCGUACGUCAAAUCGGAUGUUAUAGCUGAUUGUAGUUACUUCUCCACACCAUUACAAUUGGGCCCAAAUGGUUUGGCCAAAAAUUUAGGCAUUGGCAAGAUAAAUAAGUAUGAAGAAGAGAUGAUCCAAAAGGCGAUACCAGAAUUGAAAGCAUCAAUCAAAAAAGGAGAAGAUUUUGUCAGCUCUAACUAAACCAGACCUCUUUCAACCGGCACAUAAAAAAUGUGGCUGAAGGAUUGAUUGUUUGUGUGUAUGAACUUUUGAAUCGCAAAAAUGAUUAUUUUAUUGUUAAAAAUUAUCAUUAUUAUUUAAUUUUUAAUUAUAAUUAUUAUGAAUGAAUCAUUGUUUGAGCGAUCAAUCCAAUCAAUAAAUGAAUGAAUGGAUGAGGAGGAUACAGGAGUUUGUUA